AUGCCCAGCAGAAUCCCGAAUUCCCCUUAUCCCUUUCCCGCAUUGGCGCGCAUACCGGCGCCCCCCGGCCCUCAGAUACCCAUCGAUGACUCGACGAAAGACUACCUUCGCAAUGUCAUUCUGGAGCUAAUCCUGAGCCCCGAGGACGAGCGCAAGGUCAAGGUCGCGGCCAGCUAUGUGGUCUCCAAGAUUGCCGUGGCCGACUUCCCACACCGCUGGCCCGCCCUACUCCCCUCCGUUCUCGGUAUCAUGCCAACCGGGACCGAUGCGCAGCUCCACGGUGCUCUGCGAAUUCUACAAGAUCUGGUCGAGGAGAGCUUGACCGACGAGCAAUUCUUCAGCGUGGCCCGGGACAUCAUCAAGGCCUGCUACGAUGUGGCGCUGAACGAGAACCGCAAGGAGACACAUCGGAGCUUGGCCGUGUUGGUUUUCCGGAGCUGCUUUGACCUAAUGGACAUUGUGAGGGAGGAUCACAAGAAGGAAGUCAAGACCUUCGCUGAGCAGGUCCUCAGCGGCUGGUUACCAUUCUUGGAGCAGGCUAUUAAGACGCCCCUCCCGCCUCUUGUGGACGACAAUGGGUCGCAGCCCGACAACUGGUACGGCCCGAUCGCGCUCAAGGAUCAAGCCGUCGAGACCUUGAUCAAGAUCCGGACCGUUUUCCCAUCUCUCCUUCUACCGCAGAUCCUCGCUCUGUUCACUGCCACCUGGGAAGAGCUCUCGAGGCUGAUGCCCCCGCACCAGUCACUGUUUAUCAACUCUGAUGCCCAAAGCCGAACUGGAAGAUAUCGACGGUCUCCCUUUUUACACUCGAUUUUCCUGGUCCUGGGACGACUUAGACUUUCUUAG